UGCUGAGGGAUUUUCGUUUCUCUGAAGCUUUGGAGCGAAAACUGGAAGCGCUGCUACAACGGAAGGGGAAUCAAUCAACAAGCGGAGAAUAUUCGGUACAAUCAUCCUUCAUGACCAUGAGUGAGACGCAGCAAGGCAGUAGCGAUGUUUCUCGUGGGAUGGCAUCUAAGCCGGAGAAGACUCGCCGAAGCUGGACGAGUAGGGAGGAGGAGAUGUUGUUGGCGUCACUGAAGGAACUAGUUGCUCAAGGAUGGAAGGCUGACAAUGGGUUUCGGGCGGGCUACCUUCUAAAGCUGGAGGAGGCGAUGCGCAAGGAAUUUAUCGGGACUGACAUCAAAGGAAUGCCACAUAUCAAUUCCAAAAUAAGCGCGUGGAAAAAGAGCUAUAACUCCCUGUUGACUGCCCUUGAUGUUAGUGGUGUUGGGUUCAAUGCGAAGGGGACCUUCAUGCUAGAUUGCGACAAUGAUCAGUGGGAGCAGAUUUUAAAGAAUGAUCGGAAUGCAAGUAAGAUGCGCUUCAAGAGCUGGCCAAUGCUUGAGGGAUGGAAAGAAGUUUUUGGUAAAGAUCGUGCAAAUGGGACUGGAGCAGAGGAUAUUAUGGAGGCAAUGCAUACCAUGUAUCAAGCUGAUAAUCUGGCCAAGGGAGGUGAUCAUCUUGGGCAGCAAGGUGGAGAUGGCUUUAACCAUGAUGUCCCCGAAGAGGAAACAGCCAGUGUUGAUGGCGAAGAUAGUGUUUGCUUUGAUGCCAAGAAGUCUGCAUCGGCUAAAAAAACUGGAAAAAAAUGUAAGGCAUCCGCAGGCGACGAAAUGAAUGGGGUGUACGCCUGGCUCGGAGAGAUUAGUCGUGAUACGAAGGAGCGGCUGGAGAACCUGUCAACCCGCAUUGGCUAUGAGUUCGAUCUCGGUCAGGCAAGGCAGCACGUGUACGAGCAGCUUGGUAAGAUCCCCGGACUGGAUAUGAAUGAGAAAUUUGAUGUUUGUGAAAACUUGGCGGACAAGGUGCAGCGCCUUGAGAUCUUCCUCGGGCUGCCUGACGAUGCAAAGAUUCAUUACGUGGCUCGACUUCUCGCCACUCAUCGCAAUCAGCCCCACUUCCCAUGAAGUAUCGAACCCCUUUGUUAGUAUUUUGUGAGAUCUUGUUGCAUCCAAACUUCUCUAUAUAGGAUCCAAGGUCCUUUUUGGCUUGUGAAUAGUUGGUUA